AUGGAGAAGAAAAAGUCUCGUAAAGAAAGUAGAAAAGAAGCUCGGAAGGCUAAAAAGCAUAAGAAGUUUGAUUCAUGGAUCCAACAUCAACAAACACAAAAAGCCCGGAGAAUGUUGCCAAAUUCAAAACCAACACAGACAGUGCAUUCACGGAAGGAUAGCCAAGUACAAAGGCAUGAACAUUUACACUCCUUAAAUUCAAAGAAAGACUUGGACACUUCUCCGCGGUUGGAUUCUUCUAAGGUGGAAAAUACGAGUUUGAAAAGGAAACAUGUCUCAAGUAAAAAUUCAAAGACAAUGUUUAUGGAGUAUCUUAAAAUGGAAAAGGAGGGAGACACUAUCUCUGCGGACGUAGAUCUGAGAUUGGAGAGGAAACUCGCUAAGAAACUCAAGGUGAAGAAUGAGAAAUUGCGAGGAGAUGAUGAUAUCGAUAUGUUACUUGAAGGAAUUCCUUCUGUAGUUGACUGUAACAGUCAACUGAACGAAUCUCUGGAGGGUACUGAUACUGACCCUUCACACAAGAAACUGAAAAAAAAGACAGUGGUUGAAGUUUUAGAUGGUAAACUGGUUUCUGAGGAUGGAAAGUUUGAUCCUUCAUGUGUUAGCUAUGUUGAGCAUGUCGACACAGAUUUACAGGCAAAACAAAAAGAGUCAAAAAAGAUGAAAAGAAAGAAGACAAAGUUUGAAGAGCUUCUUGCAACUGAAAUGCGUGGACAGGAUAUCUCAGCAGAUGAGGAUCUGGCUUUGGAAAGGAAGCUUGCGAAGAAGCUCAAGGUGAAGAGAGGGAAAUUACUUGGGGAUCCUGAUGAUAUGAAUAAUUUAUUUGAGGGAAUUCCUUCACUUCUGGAUUCUUUUGAGGAUGAAAAUACACAACUUGUUGGAGAAGCACCUCAAAAGCGUGAUAGGAGCUCCUCAAAUGAAAGAUCUAAAGAGAAAAGAUAUAAUAAAGAAGUGCAAGGAGAAGAUCACAAUCAAGAGGAAGAGCAGAAAGCUGAGAGCACUUCAUACUGUACAGAUGUGAAGGCAGCAGCUAGAUCUGCUGCCAAAGAAAAUGCAAAAUAUGUUGCUCCUCGCCUGAGGUCAUGCUUGGGAGAUGAUUCGGAAGAGUUCGCUCAAAUUCGUCGACGACUAAGAGGUCUUCUGAAUAGGAUGUCCGAGGCUAACGUGGAAUCGAUCACAAGUGAAAUUUCCACGAUCUACCAGACUGUUGGUCGCACUUUUGGUUCUCAGAUUAUCAGUGAUGAGGUUCUGGCAUCAUGUUCUAGAGGUCCGCGUGGCAAUGAACAACUAUUUGUACCAGCUGCACUGGAGAAGUUUUAUGCAUCCUGGCAUGACCCAGUGAACACCAAAAAUGGUAGGAAACAUGGUCCAGAUAUGUCUAGUAAAAGCACAAUGGAGAAGCAGGUUUCAUGCCUAACAAUGAAUGUGAAGCAAGCAACUCUUGGUGUAGCAAAUUGUCUUUCAGAUAGUCCUCCGUGGUCAACCAUUUUGAGUGACUCCUGUACUUCCCAGGAGAUUUUUAUAGCACGGUCUGGGAACUGUUCUUUCAAUGGAAUAUCAUCUAACCACCUAUUGGUCGACAUUUUCAGUUUCUUCCAUUGCCAAUUUUCUGCUUACACAGUCAAAGAUCUCUUCCAGAGGCUCCUGAUUAUUAGAUUCUAUUUUGUAGCUGCAGAAUCUUUUGCCCCCAAGCCUUCAGAUUUCUUGUCUCUAUUAAUAAUACUUUUGUCUAAUGGAUCUGCUUCUGGUCCUGAUUCCCUCCCACAGGAAUUUCUUCUUGUUCUGUCCAAUUUCCUUUCCACACUCUUGGCUUGUGGGAUGAAAUUGAGAGGUGAUGAUCCUGUUGGCAUGAAGAAUUUUAUAGUUAGCGUUCAGAAUAGGGUGAAUGAAUUGAAAUCCUCAUCUGGGGAAGGACAAUCAAACAGUAUGGGGAAAAGGAUGGAAUUCAUGCUUGAGAUGAUAUGUGAUAUCAAAAACAAUAAAAAAAGGACGAAGGAGGAGACCUUGCCGCUUACCCGAAUAAAGAAAUGGCUACAACAGCUCAGAGUAGUUGAUAUAUUGAUUCGAGGGUUAAAGUGGAGCAAGCUGAUUGAUCCUGACAAGAGAGGCCAGUGGUGGAUGUCUGGAAAUAUUGAUUCCACAACUGAUGUUCAAGAUGUUGCCAGCACAAUUGAUUUGGAGGUCACUGAGGCUCAAAAGAUGCUCCAGCUUGCUGCUGCUCAGAGGAUGAAUACUGAUGCAAGAAGGGCAAUUUUCUGCGUAAUAAUGAGUGGGGAGGACUAUAUUGAUGCAUUUGAGAAACUUCUAAGAUUAGAUUUGCAAGGCAAGCAGGAUAGGGAAAUCAUAAGAGUUUUGGUGGAAUGCUGUUUACAGGAGAAAGCUUUUAACAAAUACUAUUGUGCUCUAGCUUCCAAGUUAUGCAGCCAUGAUAAAAACAAUAAGUUCACCCUGCAGUACUGUCUGUGGGAUCAUUUCAAGGAGCUUGAUCAGAUGCAGCUGAUCAGAUCAAUGCACUUAUCCAAGUUUGUCGCAGAGAUGGUUGCUUCUUUUAGCCUUUCACUUGCUGUACUGAAGGCUGUUGAUCUCAGUGAUUCUUCACAAUUGACUCCAAAAAGAAUCAUGCACUUUCGGAUGCUAUUUGAGACUAUCUUGGAGUUUCCUGAAAAGCUUGUCUGGAACAUUUUUACUCGAAUUGCUCUUUUGCCAGAGUAUGAAUCACUUCGUGAUGGGAUUGUCUUCUUUAUCCUCAAGUAUGUCAUUGAUAGCCAAAAGUCUCUGGCAGAUAAAUUCAAGAUUGCAAAGAAUGCUCUUAACAAUGUUGAAGGAGUCAUCAUGUGAGUCUUUGCAUGAUAUAUUCUAGAUUCAGGAUUUUGCAGGAAUGGUUAUUGUUGUUGGAGCAACAGUAACCCAGUUUUGGUAGAUGUUUUCUUGAUUCUAUGAUCGUAGGAUAGGUAUGACUAGAAAUUCAGUAUAGACGGAUCCUAGUUAUGUGACUUCAAACCUUGGAAUUGCAUAAUGUUUCAUAAUUAACUUUUUGAGGUAGAGAAAUGUGCAACUCUUGCCACAGUGUCUAUGUACUUUAUUACAUGCAUUGUUAGUGAACAUUAUUUAGGGCCUCGGGGAUUUGGUUGCUAUUGCAACUCUACUGUAAUUUCAUUAGUUAAAUUUGGCAUCUUCUCUUUAAUUAAUAUUUUGGGAAU